GCUAAGUUUUUCGCAAAUUUUCUGCAUACUAAAAUCGGAGAGCUGUGUGUAUUAUUUUUAGACUGCAAUUAAAUAGUUUUUGCAGAAGUUUUUACAGAAGAAAAUAUUAUAAAUGUUUCAAAAAUAAGUAUCAAAGAAACGAUGACACAAGUGUAAUGCUUCUAAGUUUUAAUAUAAAUAACAUGUUUACAUAAUAAUAAUGUUGAUAUGGGAUUACCAGCGAAAUUGACCAUUGAAGAACAAUUUCUUUUAGAAAAAUUUGCUCUAAAAAAGAAGAAUAAAGUUUUGCUAGCUUUAAAUAAACCUUCUAAUGGUAACCAUGUUAUAUCUAGCUGUAUCAAAAAAGAUUUAAAAGUUGAAAUUACUGGCGUACCAAAAGAUGCUAAGGAAGUUGCAAAAAAGUUGUUAGCAUCUGGGCAAUUAAAAAUAGCCAAAAGUGGUGCUGAACAUCGCUCUUUCAAGAGAGCUAAGCUUACCAAUGAAAAGAAAUUUACUUCACCUGUGGAUACCUUUGAUAAAAAAAGUGAAACUAAAGUUUUCAACAAAGAAAUAAAAGCAAGGAAUGAUUUUAAAAACUUUGAAACAAAAAGUAACAUCUCAGAUGGAUUUAGUUGCAACAAAAGUUUUGUAAACAGAGUAUUGCGUGUUGCAGGAUUUAAUUUGACAAAAAAUAUACUUGAUACUGCAUUUCCACCUUUUGGUCAAAUAAAAAGCAUUUACUUUGAGAAAGAAAAAGGGUGUGGUUAUGUUACUUAUGAAACUUGUGAAAUGGCAGAAAGAGCAAAAGAAGAGUUGCAUGGUACAAUGGUACAAAAUGUUACUAUUCGGGUAGAUUAUGCUCGAAAAAGACCUUAUGAUGAUAACAGAAAUACUUGGCGACCUAAAAGAUCGGAUCUUGAUGAUCCUCCUCCAAUCGCAGCUCCACCACCUGCAGCUAUACCACCUUCAGCUCCACCAACUGGUAAUUUUCAAAAGAAACCGACUGUAUCUCGUUUAACUCAAGCGUCAUCGACAAAAAAAAAUACCUCUGAAUUAAAAAAAGAUUGUAAAAUUGAAUACAACGAGGAGGAUUUUUUUUAAUUUUAAUUUGUUAUUUUAUCGAACCAUUCGCCCGACUAAUGUUAAAAGUAAAUGCGAGAUGUGUUUUAUGGAAAUAUUCUAUGCUUUAAUUAAGUAUAGGUAUUUGUAAUAUAUUGUUGUAAAUAAACAAGUACGUGUAGUGUGUAAAAACGAAAUAAUUAGAAUAAUUAAAUAAUUAUUGAAAAUAA